AUGCCAGGACGAACCAUUUCCAACUCGUCCGAGCGGUCAAUCACCUCGGACGACAAUAUCGAGGACCGCGCGCACUCGGGCCGCUCGACCCCAACGCCUGGGUACCAGCUGCGACGAUAUCCAACCUCGAACAGCAUGCAGACGCAUCAGUCAUGGCAUUCCAGCGCUUUGCAAGCCCCUAUUCUGGUGGCCGAGUCGGCAGCAGCAAGCCGGGAAGCCUUCUCCCUCAACAACCACUCUUCUACCAACAGCCGUCCCAUUGCAAUCGAUCUACCAGCAAAGACAAGGAAAAUCAACUCGGCUCCCGUGUACACGCCUCCAGAACCUCUUUCCGCCAGAGGUGACUUACCUGGCGGCUACUUUCCUCUCCACGAAGACCCAGGACGCAGAGUUCAUCAACCGCAUCCCUUCCAAGCAGCUGGAACAGACCCUUCUCGCACCCUAGCUGCGAGCGAGCCACAACCAAUCCAUCAUCAACACAUCAAUCCUUCCAAGAUGAGCGCGACAGACAUUCCAAUCGCCUCCUACUUCCCCUCGGGAUACCACGACAACCCGCUACCCAUGGGAAAAUACUAUCCGUCCAACUACGAACGGUCAACGAGUCAUACCAGAAGAAAUUUGUCAGCAACACCGUCAUCGCCAGCCGAUGCUCGAUCGCCCGGCUUUUCCGGCCUAGACGGCCCCACCAGCCCGUCGUCACCCUAUCGCUCGUCGGGCUUGGAGCCGGAAGCCAGGCGCCAGCUACAACUCAAGCAGUACCAGCGCGAUAUGAUGGCGCAGGCCACUCGGGCUGCGAGCGAGGUCACGAGCAGGAGCGCAGAAGGACAAGGAGCGGGAAAGGUCCAGCCGAACGCUCCUCGGUUCGGUACGCUCACCUCACCUGGCAUUCCCACAGUAGAGAUGCGGUUCGCGCCGCACAAGCCUACCUCGCCGCGCCUGCAACCUCUGGGUAGCCCAGGCCCUGUCACACCCAUGGAGCUCGAGUCAUCUGGGAGCAGCUACCUCGAAAAAGGCAAAGACCAGGGCCAGCGGACAAGCCAAGGUCUCGCACCGCCAUCAAGCGCAUUUCAUUAG